UACUUUCCCACGAAUGCUAUUUAACUUACUGAGACUGGCACAAUAUUUUGAGUAUCGUGUCGAGGUCGAGCUUUUUGGUACAACUCAACCUUGGAACACAUUUUUCAAAAACAACAGAUGGAUUUUGGAUAACAAAAACACGUUCGAACUUUGUAGAUGUUUGGCUAGGAAGUAUGAUAAUUGACAAAAUUUUGUUCCGGUACAAAUAAACAUUCGUCGAAAAUUGCUCAAAAUAUUGGCACUUGUGUCAAUAUUGUGACUAUUUAGAGCAGAUAGCUGAAACUAUCCAAAAGAUUUGUAUAAAUAUCUGAAGGUACUCUCCAUCAAAUCAUCAGUUUAUUCUCAGACUUGAAAGUCGUAAGAUAUUCUCUACAAAAAUGAAAUCCUUGCUGUUUGUUGGUUUUGGACUGUGCCUUUUGACCGUCUCAUUCGCUGCACCGGUGGACAUUCUGCAAUCCAUUCUUGGAACAGUCACUUCUACGGUUGGUAGCGUCGUGGGCGUUCUGACAUCACAACUCACAAAUCUCACUGCUCAACUGAAUGGAUUAAUCGGUCAAAUCACCGCUGCUCUCGCGAGCCUUACUUCCUCUGCUACUGGUACCGCUAACUCCCUAUUGGUCACAGUUCUUUCCAACGCCCAAGGAGCUUUGCAAAAUGCACAGAUCGCUAUCAACAGUAUUGUUAACAGUGGAGUGUCCAGCACCAACAGUGCUGUAAAUUCCGGCACCACUCAGCUUUUAGGUGCAGUAUCUAACCUGAGCAACAUUACGAGUCAAGUUCUUGCCGCAGGAACCAACGUGACCCAGGAUCUUUUGAACCAACUGGCUGGUGCUACUGCAACCGUGAAUACUCUUGCCUCUUCAGUUACUGGAUUGAUUGGUUCUUUAUUAAACUCCGUGUUAGGUCUAGUUGGUGGUCUGCUCGGUUAA